AUGUAUCCUGAAGCAGGAGAUGAUCAAAUGUAUGGAACAACAAAAGAUGAACCAUGGCCAAAAUGUUCACCUGCAUCAUUACGUGAUCAAGCAACAAUUUUAAUUCGACGAACAAUUCAUUGGAAACAACGUUCAUCACUUCCAGUACCACAACAUAUUCAAUAUAUUAUUGAUGAUUUUCCAUCUGGACUUAAACCACUUUUACAUUUUCAUUUUCAUAAAAAGUAA